AUGAUGUCCUGGCCGGAAGAACCACAGUCUCAUAAUGGUAAUGGUGAGUAUUUAGACGCUGAGCUUCAUGAAUCAAGUUACUUUCAUCCAUUGGACGGUAGUGACGAGCGUUCACAACACGGCACGACAAACUUUCUGAGUGCUAACAACGGUGUAAACCAUGUGGGACUCACGUAUUCGGCUUCUUGUCCAUCAUUCUCGGGACUAGAUGAUGUUGACGACCUCAUAGGUGGAGCAGUGGGCUCUAACGGCCUAAUGUCGUACCCGUAUGGGUCACAGGAGCCUCUCGUGGAUACUAUAAGCUCCGAUGGAAAUACACUGUUUACUGGAGACAAAACUUUGGAGAUGCUACUGCAAUUUCAGCAGGAUUAUCAGACCACGUCGCAGCGUCAGUUUCCACGUCAACACGUGAUGGGCCAAUCCAUAGACUUGGUACAGCAGCAGAUGGCAGGAGGACGACGUGGUUUGCACGGCUCACAGUCGUUUACCAGUUUGUCCAGCAUGAUGGACGACUCUAAUUGUAUAAAUGCUAAUAGCAAGCGGAAGAAAGGAACGGAGCGAUGGAUGAAGCUACAGCGUCACAAGUCGUUCGAUUCUACGACGAAUAUUUCAGAAUCAUUUGACUUGGACCCACAUGUGACAUUUGGCAUCUCAUUGAGCACGUUGACUCCUACUCCGGACCAGCUUCUGCAAGGACCGCCGCACAGCGACAUGAUCGGAUUCUGUGCGAGCGAUCUGUCGAAUUCGAUGCAAACAGAUGGCUCGAACUGGCCCCCAGUUGCCUAUGGAUCCGCACCGAGCUCCAUCGGCGGGAAUUAUAUGCAACAAGCGCACCACAGGCGACACUGUCAUCAACAGGAGCAAGCUGAUGUACAGUCACUCAGUGAUGCUGGCGGUGAUACUUCGGUUUGUACUUCGGCGGAAGUGGGACCAGCGUCGGAGCUGGACAUGCUGCUUUCAGAUAACGAGCGUGCAAAUCUUUUCGAUGCUAUACGGAAGUUUGAAUCGCCCGGCGGACUAGAGCCUAUCAGUGCCCUCAACCUGUUCCAAAACAAGUACAACGAAGCACACAGAUACUUUCAUUCUCCGGUGGACCCCGAAAACCACAAGAAAUUUUGCCAUAACGCCGAGAGACCGCUCUCAUUGGACUCUUCAACUACACUCUCAGCAGGUAUGCCCCCUUCCGGUUGCGUUUCAAUGCGCACGCGCCUCCACCAAAUUCUGGUGCUCUCUGUGCAGAACUCGGAUGCUGGGUCUUCGUUAUCGUCUUACGAGCGAAAUUAUUUGAUGCAGUCACCGUUGUUUUUCCCAGCAAGGGCACCCGAGACAGCAGGGUCCUUGUGGUUGCUGCUGCACGCUGCCCAGUGUGAAAGUGGAUGUGAGAUUGCGGGCUGCAGCGUAAUGCGCCGAGUUUUGGCUCAUUGCUUAGGUUGCGAGCUGGUAGUUGGCAAGUGCAAGCAGCCCUGUAACGACGCGAAGGCUAUGCUUCUCCACUACGGUUCUUGCAACAGCAAAGGUAGCAUGCAUGGACGUUCGUGUUCCGUGUGCUGGAACCUUCUAGAGAUCGACAUUUCGCAUCAAGCGCUCAGCAAUGGCAAUGGUGGAGGAAAGUCCAGUGGUCAAACUUCAAACAGCGCACCGUCGUCGUUCGUGGCAACAUCGCCUUCCCCGCAAACGGGCACCCCAUCGCUGGUGCCAGUGUCUGUGAGUCCUGGAUGGGGCGGUUCGACUGCGUAUCGCUCACCAUCCAGACGCUCAACAAGUCGUAUUGGCACUUCCAAGCAUGUGCCUAUCCAGCCAAAUCCUCUUCCGACGGCUUCCAACCCAAUGGGACUAAUGGGCGCAUUGCCACCCCAAUUUGGGCACCCUCUUUCUUUGUACUUGGAGCAAACGUCUGCUUCGUUCCGAGCGGAGGUUAAGUCUCGUGUUGAGAAACGGGUAACUGCUGCUGCUGGCCAAGACUUGUUGCAGCACAUGCAGAAGAAGACGCGACUGCGAAGCCUGGACAAUCUCCGCUUAGAAGCUCGAACUACCGUCCUAGGAGAGAUGGAGCGUGAACUUCAUCGUCACAUGCAAGCGUACAACUGGGCCAACAUAACUUCGUGCGAAAACGUACCGGAAGGAGCAUUACAACUCUUUCCGUACCUGACAAACUUUUCCUUGGCUGAAUUCGGUGCCUUUCAAGCGCAGCAGCUUACAUCCCAGACAUCUAAACCACCUGCAGCCUUUUCAUCUUCACCAUCGGUGCGUACUCGACGAUCAGGUUCCUAUGAAUUCGCACCCAAUGACAGUCUGUCCAAGGAACGACGUUUCUUCGUGUGA